GCAUUAUGGGGAAAAAUGUAUAUAAAGCACUUCAAACAUGAAAGAAAUGACCGAUUUCUCUAAAGAUUUUGGACUUUUAAUUUGAAAUAUCUCCAAAUUGGGUCCGUAGAUAUGUCUGAUUCCCAGGAUAAUGGAAGUCUGGAUUGUCCUGAAGACAGCUGCAUCAGUCAAUGCCGGGCAUUAUGGGGAAAAAUGUAUAUAAAGCACUUCAAACAUGAAAGAAAUGACCGAUUUCUCUAAAGAUUUUGGACUUUUAAUUUGAAAUAUCUCCAAAUUGGGUCCGUAGAUAUGUCUGAUUCCCAGGAUAAUGGAAGUCUGGAUUGUCCUGAACACAGCUGCAUCAGUCAAUGCCGGGCAUUAUGGGGAAAAAUGUAUAUAAAGCACUUCAAACAUGAAAGAAAUGACCGAUUUCUCUAAAGAUUUUGGACUUUUAAUUUGAAAUAUCUCCAAAUUGGGUCCGUAGAUAUGUCUGAUUCCCAGGAUAAUGGAAGUCUGGAUUGUCCUGAACACAGCUGCAUCAGUCAAUGCCGGGCAUUAUGGGGAAAAAUGUAUAUAAAGCACUUCAAACAUGAAAGAAAUGACCGAUUUCUCUAAAGAUUUUGGACUUUUAAUUUGAAAUAUCUCCCAAUUGGGAACGUAGAUAUGUCUGAUUCCCAGGAUAAUGGAAGUCAGGACUGUCUUGAACACAGCGGCAUCAUUCAUUUCCUGGAACUGUUGGGGAAAUCUAUAUACAGGAUUUUUUAAAUAUACAAAAGUCUGAGUUUUAUUUUUAUAAACUCUUCCUUGGUACAGUAAACACAUUUUAAUGUUAGCAUAAUUUAAGCUAAAUCUCAUAAACGAUCUAUAAAGAUUCAAAAUCAGUUAAUUGUUUACUUGUGUAUGAUUUGUCGACAUCUUAUUUUGAAAAACGGAUGUUGUGUCACGUAGUUCUUUCCGCUAACUUUGCAAAACCGGAUGUUGUGUCACGUGAAUCCGUCCGCUAACUUUAUCAAAACCCUCGCGCGCUCCCGAUCGAAUGCGUUUACCGUCAACAUCAGUCUAUAGGCGCACAGAAAUUUAAGUGUCGGCUGAGUUGACCACGGAGAUCCGAGUGUCGGCUGAGUUGACCGCAGUAUACUGCUGGUGGGUCCCGUUAAACCCCACCUUCAGUAAACAGCAGCUGCCGAGUUGAACGACUGACGGCGAGACAGCGGGUCCAGCAUGAAGGCCCUCGGAUCCAGAUUCUCCUUCUGUGCGGGUUUCGUGGUGGGCACCUUCACGCUGUACGUGUUUCUGCGUCAGGUGUGCUUCGAGAGGACCUUGUCGACGCAGCAGGCCAGCAGCUUCGAUCAACAGCUUGAGGAAGAUAAGACAAUAUGGAAGAAGGACAGGUCUGCUCUUUUCAACCUGAAGCACCCUCAUCAUACAGGUGAGGAUAGCGGCAUGGCUGAUGAGCUCUACAAAAAGGUGCGUAUUCUUUGCUGGGUCAUGACCGGACCCAACAACCUGGAGAAGAAGGCUCGCCAUGUGAAGUCUACUUGGAGUCGCCACUGCAAUGUCGUGGUCUUCAUGAGCUCUGUGGAUGACCCGGACUUCCCCACGGUGGGCUUGGGUACAAAGGAGGGUCGAGACCAGCUGUACUGGAAAACGAUCCGGGCUUUCCAUUACGCCUACGAACACCACAGCAACGACGCGGAUUGGUUUCUUAAGGCAGACGACGACACCUACGUAAUUGUAGACAACCUGCGUUGGGUUCUUUCCAACCACACGCCAGAAGAGCCGAUUUACUUUGGCCGGAGAUUCAAGCCCUACACCAAGCAGGGCUACAUGAGUGGCGGCGCGGGCUACGUGUUGAGCAAAGAGGCUCUGCGCAGAUUUGUUGAAGGAUUUAAAAGUAAACUCUGCACUCACACGACCUCUGUAGAGGACCUGGCAAUGGGGCAGUGCAUGGAGAAGGUUGGAGUGCUGGCAGGGGACUCCAGAGACACUUUGCUCAGGGAGACGUUUCACCCAUUUGUCCCCGAGCAGCAUCUCACUGCCAAGUUUCCCAAGAGCUUCUGGUAUUGGAGCUACUGCUACUACCCAAUCUCAGAGGGACCAAACUGCUGCUCGGACGUGUCCGUGUCAUUCCACUAUAUAGAUGCUUCACACAUGUAUUUAUUGGAGUACUACACAUAUCAUCUGCGUGCCUUUGGCUACAGAUAUCGCUACCAGCCCCCCGCCCCACUAGGGUACAAUAUUGAGCAGUCAAGUUCCCACGAUGCCGCAGAGGGAAAAAAAGAGCUGACUUCUCAUGAAAAAGGGCAAGGAGAGGGGGAUGAUCCAUCCAGGACUGACAAGAAACAGGAUAUAGAUCCCCCUCCUGCUGCCGGUAAGGACCCUCCUGCUGUCCCAUCAGGCAAAUAACAGUUUGACUGUGUGCCUAUUAUUCAUUCUGAUACUCUUCGCUCUGAUUUUUACAAAAGUAGAAAAAUCCACUGAUUGCUAAUGUGAAUUGUGACUGCAAGACUGGUGUUAAGGCUAAGAUGUGAUUUAUGACUUGCCCUCAUUCUUUCAGUGGUUUUACAGUUGAACAUCAUCUUUAGAAGUUGGGAAUGGCUUUAUUCUUCUUCACUCAUUUAUUAAUUAACUUAAGCACUUUUUAAAAUCAAUAUGAACCUAGUGUGUUCCAGAGCUAGUUAAAUUAGAUUUAUCAAAUAUUUUAUCUUUUUCUUGGUGAUUGCAAAUCCACCAAAACAACUUGACCUUGCAGUCCAUCGUAGUCGAGGUGGUUUGACUUAAUGUCUUACAGACGUCUAUAUGCCUUGAAAGACAAUAUACAGGACUGUCUCAGAAAAUUAGAAUAUUGUGAUGAAGUUCUUUAUUUUCUGUAAUGCAAUUAAAAAAACAAAUGUCAUGCAUUCUGGAUUCAUUACAAAUCAACUGAAAUAUUGCAAGCCUUUUAUUCUUUUAAUAUUGCUGAUUAUGGCUUACAGCUUAAGAAAACUCAAAUAUCCUAUCUCUAAAUAUUAGAAUAUCAUGAAAAAGUAUACUAGUAGGGUAUUAAACAAAUCACUUGAAUUGUCUAAUUAACUCGAAACACCUGCAAGGGUUUCCUGAGCCUUGACAAACACUCAGCUGUUAUAAAUCUUUUUUUUACUUGGUCUGAGGAAAUAUUAAAAUUUUAUGAGAUAGGAUUUUAGAGUUUUCUUAAGCUGUAAGCCAUAAUCAGCCAUAUUAAAAGAAUAAAAGGCUUGCAAUAUUUCAGUUGAUUUGUAAUGAAUCCAGAAUGCAUGACAUUUUUGUUUUUUUAAUUGCAUUACAGAAAAUAAAGAACUUUAUCACAAUAUUCUAAUUUUCUGAGACAGUCCUGUAUGUCAAGAGCUGAUCAGCAGUCGGCUAAACAUUUUCAAAUGAAAUUUAAAUCAAAGUGCCUCACCUUGUACAUCAAUCAAACCCCCAUGUGUCCAGUGAUGCACUCAUUUGUUUUAACCAUACGGUAGUUAACAAGUUUGUCACAGUUUGCUGCAUCCAAAACUUUUCGGGCUGCAUUCAGAAGCAUUUCCACGAUGCAGGCAGGAUCAUACACAAUCUGUGGAGGACUUAAUCUUUUUUAUUUGAUUAAAUAAAAUAAAAAUCUUGUAUAUUUAUCUCAAUAGUUUUUUUUUACAAGUUGUAUUUCCAUGACCAAAUAAUUUUCUCGACUAACUGAUUGUUUGGUCCAUAAAAUUUCAGAAUAAAGUUACGAUUGCCCGUUAAGAUUUCCUUGAAGUCUUCAAAUAAUGUUUUAUGACUAAGAAUAGCUAAACUAUUGUUUGGAUGCAUUCAUAUUUCUCUAAGGCUAAUAGACAUAAUUGAUGUGAACAUGAUGCUUUUAAAUGAAAAGUCUAAAUGUAUAAAGUCCAGCCAAAGAUGUCCAUGAGGGAUGAUUAUGAACACACUGGUCAGUGUUUUGGCACUUGACUUGUUUUGGUGAUAUUGACAUCAAUCCAGGUCAUUUUUAUUUGUUUAUGUAAUUAUGGUAUGUUCAUUGAGCUGCAUACUUUCAGGAUGUUUGUGCUCCACCCUUGAAUAUUUAUCUGGAAUACAAUGGUUACGUAGUUGGAAGUAGUUCAAAUAUAAUUAUUUUUAAUUGAAAUGAACCGCUAACUUCUCCAACUCGUAUCUACCUGUUCUUCACACUGUUCCCACUUCAUGUCCCUUCAUCUCUCCUGAGUGGGCUCAUCAGCUUGUGCCUUGGCAAUUUGAGAUUGUACGAUUCAUCAGCUGCACACAUGACUUUGCACUGUGACAUUACCAUGAGUAUAAUUUAAUUGAAUCCUUCCAAUGUAAUGAGCAUGGCCUUUGGGAAGGCCAGCGGAUGACUUGUUCAUGUCAGCAUUUUCGUUGAUUUCGGUUUCGGUGAUCCGACCUUUUGAUUUGUAGUUGGUACUUUGUGCAUAUUUAAAAGCAUCUAUAACCUCUAUUACUUUGUAACUAAACAAAUAAUGGAUUUUGUGGGUGAUGCAGUAAUUACCAAAUACUGAAACUGGCUUCAAGAAUCCGACGGGCUUCAGUGGUGAUCAGAUGAAACAGAUUUGUAGAAACUGAAUGCACUUUGAGUGUUUAUAAUGGCUGGGUUUUUUAACCACUUAAACCUCUUGUUCUCUUUCAAGAUAACAAUUGUGAGGUAAUGCCUUUUUUGUAACGUGUUUACACUCAGCUUCCUUCUGUACAUAAACACAGAGCAUGUUCAGUUUGUUUUCUUUUCAUUAAAAUGGGAAAAAUCUAUUUUACACCAAAUCAGCAUGUUUUCCACAAUUACUUCCUUUUGAAAUACAUUUUAAUUUGUGCAGUUUUACAGUAGCAAAAUACUUUGCUGCAGAUUGUUCUGCGGGCCCUACACAUCUGGUUGCCGAUGCCAGUGAUCCAGCCAGUCAUUGACAAUCUACUCCAACAUUCAUAUGGUAUCUAAUGGAAAGGUGUACAACACUGUAUUUAUAUUUUAAAUGUAUUCAUGUUGGUAUUGAUGUCUAAAUUGAGUCGAUACACUAAAGUGUGUAAAUGAGUUUUGUGUGACCACAUGUGAUCAGUGUGCAGGAUCGUUUCGUACUUAAAUCACUAUAAAUAAAUGCAUAUUUUACUGUA